AUGAAGGUUCUUGCUCCCGCACUCGCCUCUCUCGCAACUUUCACUUUAUGUAAUGCAAAUGUAGUUGCUAUUCCUAGGCAUUCAUCUGCAGAAACAUACGCUGUUGAUGCUCUGGCUGCUCCAUUAGCUGCCAUCAAACGUGGACUGCCAAAUUCGCCUUCAGGAGGAUAUUCUCCAGCUUCCGUACCAUGUCCCGCAAAUAGACCGACAAUCAGAAAUGCAGAUUCACUGUCCGCAAAUGAGACAGCAUGGCUCGAAUUGCGGAGAAACGCCACAGUCGAUCCUAUGAUUUCGUGGCUUUCGAGGAUGAAUAUUUCGGGUUUUGAUGCUUCUACAUACAUCAACGGUAUCCGAAAUAAUGCGACAGCCCUACCAAAUAUUGGCCUCGCAGUAUCAGGUGGAGGAUAUCGCGCUUUGAUGAAUGGUGCUGGAUUCUUGGCUGCUGCGGACAACCGAACCAGCAACGCCACCAACACAGGUCAAAUCGGUGGACUACUUCAAGCAUCAACAUACGUUGCCGGUCUUUCCGGAGGUGGAUGGCUUGUGGGGUCCAUUUAUACGAACAAUUUUAGCUCAGUGGAGGAUCUGAGAGACGGAAGUAAAGGCUCGGAUGUCUGGCAUUUUAGCAAUAAUAUCCUCGAGGGACCUGACGGAGAUGGAAUUCAACUUCUUAGCACGGCCGACUACUGGACUACUCUUGCAAAUGAGGUCAGUUCGAAGGAGGAUGCUGGCUUCAAUACCUCUAUCACCGAUUACUGGGGUCGUGCUUUGUCCUUCCAGUUGGUCAAUGCUACCGAUGGCGGUCCAGCAUACACAUUCUCUUCGAUUGCACUUCAGGAGAACUUUGCGAGCGGCUCUAUUCCCAUGCCCUUCCUCGUGUCAGAUAGUCGUGCUCCAUAUACGACUAUUGUGUCGUUGAACUCCACUGUUUUCGAAUUCAGUCCAUUUGAGCUCGGUUCUUGGGAUCCAACUACCUAUGCUUUUGCACCACUCCAGUACAUUGGAUCAAACUUCUCUGCUGGUGUCGUUCCGUCGGAUGAAGAGUGCAUUGAGGGGUUCGACCAGGCCGGCUUCGUGAUGGGCACAUCUUCGACGCUUUUUAAUGAGGUUUUGAUUGAGCUCAAUGCGUCAUCUGUCCCCACCGUCGUGCAGAAUGUUCUGAAUAGCAUUCUUAGUGACAUUGGUUUCGAUAACAAUGAUAUUGCCCAAUAUCAACCCAACCCAUUCUAUCACUUCAACAACGCUACGAACCGAAACGCAAACUCCACCGAGCUGACCUUGGUUGACGGAGGUGAAGAUGGACAAAACAUCCCUCUUUACCCUCUCAUCCAGCCCAUACGACAGGUCGACGUUAUCUUCGCCGUCGAUUCAUCAGCAGACACUGACAAUCACUGGCCCAACGGAACCUCGCUCGUAGCAACUUACCAGCGAUCCCUCAACGCAACCGUCGAAAACGGCACCGCAUUCCCAUCCAUCCCAGAUCAAAACACCUUCGUGAAUCUCGGCCUCAACAACCACCCCACCUUCUUCGGCUGCAACACCAGCAACUUGACCGGACCCGCUCCCCUCAUCGUCUACAUCCCCAACGCACCCUACAUCACACAAUCCAACGUCUCGACCUAUGAUCUCGAAUACAUCGACACGCAACGAAACCUCAUCAUCCAGAACGGAUACGAGGUCGCUACGCUCGCGAACGCGACGCUGGAUAGUCAGUGGCCGACCUGCAUGGCGUGCGCUGUGCUCAGUAGGAGUUUUGAGAAGACAGGGACAACUGUACCGACGGCUUGUCAGCAGUGCUUUGAUAGGUAUUGUUGGAAUGGAACUGUGGAUUCGAGCACGCCUGGCUCGUAUGAGCCGACGUUUAAGGUAGGGGAGAUUUCUGGGGCGGGCAAUGUGAGGGUUGGGACUCUGGUUUCGGUUGCUGCUGUUAUUGUCGCUAUGCUUUUGGUAUAG